AGAGGUAGAAAAAAGUGAAGAGAAGAAAGAAGGGGAGUACAGCCAACUGGCAUAGUUUGAGUUAUUCGGCUCAGCUCUAAAAGUCUCAGGCUGCCCAGACUCCAAACCACACGGACUAAGGUCCUCUCUGCUUUCUCUACAACUGCAAUAUGGAGGGUCUGUAAAAGAAGGAUUCAGAGAGAUCGAGGGUGCAGCUCAGUUGAGAGCCAUUGUUUUAUCUUGCUGUGGAUUUCGGUAUCCGGUCAUCCUCUUUGAUGCUUUGCAGCACUAAGCAGCUAAAUUCUGUUAGUAUCUAAAAAUUAAGAGCCACACCUACAGUACAAUGGGCCUGCAGAAUGGAGUAUGAUAUUGACUUCUACAAACAUUUUGCCUGGCUUAGGAAGGUAAACGUCCAUUCACCUGGCAACAGUGAGUCCUACCAGGAGCGAUUAGCACGUCUGGAGGGAGACAAAGAGUCACUAAUUCUGCAGGUGAGUGUGCUGACAGACCAGGUGGAGGCUCAGGGAGCCAAGAUCAGCGAUCUACAGAGUUCUCUGGUGGAGCAUCAGCACAAACUCGACUCUGCGGAGGAGAUGCUGCAGCAGGAGCUCCUGCAUAGGACGUCACUGGAGAACCAGAAGCUGAGUCUUAUGGGGGAGGUGUCCUACCUGAAAGUAAAGCUCGCAGACAUGGAGGGAAAGCAGGGCCAUGGGGCUGAAAGGCAGCACAAAGCAGAGGGUUUAGUUAAGGAGCUCAAGAUUCUCAAGGACAAAGUGGAGCACCUAGAGGAUCAGAAGUUACAGUAUGAGAAGAAACUCAAAGCAACAAAGGCGGAGAUCAGCAGCCUUCAGCAGCUUCUGCUCAGUAAGAACGCAGAGAUCGAGAGCUUGCACACUCAGCUGCUGGCCAGACCCCCUCUAUCCCCUGAGAGCUCAGAGAGAGAGGAGAUGUACAGGAAGAGGCUAAACACCAAAUAUCAGGAACUGCAGAAGCUCAGGAGUGGCAUGAAAUCACUUGUAGCUGCCAAUGAUGAAAAGGACCGACGCAUUGAAGAGCUCACUCUGCUCCUGAAUCAGUGCAGGCAAUUCAGAGAAGUCACUCACGCCACAAGGCAAGCUCCACCUGCUGUUCGUUCGUUGUCAAAUGGCAGGACUCCGUCAAGCAGCAGCGAGGAGGAGGAGCAGGGACUGACGAAGAACACCGAUUCCGCCAGUGCAAAAUCAGAGGAUAUAAAGUCUGAAGUAUCACACGUUUCCACAACCAGUUCUUCCUCCCAUCACACAUCUCUUUCAUCCGUCCAGAAGGACAGUGACUCCAGAACAGAAACACAAAUGCUGUCGAGUAGCAUGAAUGACCUAAUUAACGGACCUUUACAAAAGAGCACUCUGGCUGACACCAGAAGUCAGACGCUGCCUGUGAACGCCUCUCUGUCAGAGCAGAACGGGAUCAGAGACAGCAGCGGUGAAAACCAGAGCCAAAGGUCUCCAGAUGGGAGCGAAGACGGAGACUCCAGCCAAAGAAAGUUGGAGAAAGUUGAUGACAGCACUGAAGGCAAUAAUUCACCACUUGAUUCUGGAGCAAACGCGCAGGCUGGCCAGCGAGCUGUGGGCUCACCAGAGUACAUGAAGAAUAACAGGAGCUUCAAGAGACUCUGGGGAAAACUUCGAAGAACACAGUCUGGUGGGCUCCAGGCAGGAGAUCCAGAUGCCGGUCAGUUCAGAAGAGGGGGACUGCGUGCGACAGCGGGACCCAGACUGACCCGGACCCCCGAAUCUUAUGACUCUGCACGUGAUAUGAAUAUUCCAUUCAGCCAGUGGACCAAGGAGCAGGUGUGCGGCUGGCUAGAGGACUAUGGACUGGGCCAGUAUGUCAACCUCACCAGACAGUGGGUUGAAAAUGGACAGACACUGCUGUCUGCCACACCUCAGGACUUUGAGAAGGAGAUGGGUAUGAAGAAUCCACUGCACAGAAAGAAGCUGCAGCUCGCUCUGCGUGCCUUCACCACUAAAGUUACAGAGAAGUCGUCUGAGCUGGACUACAUCUGGGUCACCCGCUGGUUGGAUGACAUUGGUUUGCCUCAGUAUAAGGACCAAUUCCAUGAAGCUCGGGUGGACGGUCGAAUGAUACAAUACCUCACAGUGAAUGACCUCUUGACUCUAAAGGUCACCAGCCAGCUUCAUCAUCUCAGUAUUAAAUGUGCCAUCCAUGUCCUCCACGCCAACAAGUUCAACCCCAACUGUCUUCGGCGCAGGCCAGGAGAAGAGAGACAGCCCUCUCCCUCAGAGGUGGUGCAGUGGUCUAACCAUCGAGUGAUGGAGUGGCUAAGAGCAGUGGAUCUAGCUGAAUAUGCUCCCAAUCUCCGGGGCAGUGGUGUUCAUGGCGGGCUGAUUAUCCUCGAGCCUCGCUUCAGCUCAGAGACUUUGGCCCUGCUGUUAAAUAUUCCUCCACAGAAGACUUUGCUCCGCCGCCACCUGGCCACUGCCUUCUCCGCCCUGGUGGGGUCUCAGGCCACGCAGGAGAAGCGAGAGUAUGGAAAUGCAACGGGUCAUGUGCCCCUCACUACCACUGCGAAAGUAAAGCCAAAGAAGCUGGGCUUCACCCAAUUCAGCCACCUCCGAAAGAGGAAACCUGAUGAAUCUGCGGACUACAUCUGCCCAAUAGACAGCGGAGCACUGACAGUGAAUGGGAUUUCUCGCUUGCCCUCUGCAGCACUUAGGGGCCUCAGCCCCAGCCUGGACAGACAGGCUGAGAGGCGGGAGGAGGGGAUAAAAGCUCAGGCUAAUGGCCCAAAGCAAUAACUUCAAAAAUAUAGUCGGAAACUUCACCCUCUCCACCGCGCUCCCCUCUCACUCACUAAGUGACUUUGUGAAUCAGUGGAAAUUCUGAUGCAGAAACAUACCUAAGAUGAAUCCAUGUGGUGAUUUGCUGGAAGGGCUGCAAAGAUGCUGUGUUUAGCAGGCGAUGCUAAUUGUUGUUAAUGUAUUUUUUUUUUUUAUCCAGAUGUUGCUUAAACAGAGCUCAUCUGAAACGAUGUUGAAUGGUGACAUUGUGUGAAUUGUGUUAUGAACGCUGAACUGCUCUCUGCAUUCCUUAUACAGUAUAUCUUUGCUUUAAAACAAUUUACUGACCAUUUUGUAUCUAAACUUUAGUUAGAAUAUUGAUGACCUUGUUAUAUAUCUGGAUUGAUUGUACAGUAUAAUAAUUGACACCAGUUCCUUUCAGAAUGUUUCUCAUUCAUUUUCUGUAUGACUGACAAAAAGAUUAAAUCAUUUUGAUUCUCAGCGGUACUCUUACUUUUCUGCACAUUCAAAUGAGGCUUGUUAGGAUUCUCCACCCACAUGUUGCCUUGUUUCAUAAGAUCAUUGCAAAUAUGCAAUAAUUUAAUAAA